GUAUAAAUAGGAGGGAUGAAGCCAGCAGAGAUCAGAUCCUCUCUACAGAGACCUCUACAGCACAGAGAUCCACACAUGGCUCCUACAAUCACUGCAGCAAGGACCAGUUCUCAGGAGCACCUGCCUCUGACCCACAAGCUCAGGAAGCCUCUGGUGGAGAAGUUACGCAGAGAGAGAAUCAACAGCAGCAUUGAGCAGCUCAAGUCUCUCCUGGAUCCAGAGUUCCUCAAACAGCAGCCAGACUCCAAGCUGGAGAAAGCAGACAUCCUGGAGAUGACCGUUUUUGUCCUGAGACGACUGCAGCAGCAGAAUCAUCAAGCUGUGGACUCAGCAGCUGUUGGACAGGGCUACUCCAGAUGUGUCCAAGAGGUGACCCACUUCCUGUGUGAGGAGCAGGUGAAGACACAGUCCCAGAGAAGACUGCUGAACCACUUCAACAAGCUGCAGUCUUCCUGUGAGAAGAACCUGAGAGACGCUGACUUCUCUCCUCUGAGCUCCUCAGUCCAGACCAGCAUCAGCAAAGACAAGAGUCCAGUGAGCAGCGCCCCCUGGAGGCCGUGGUAGACUCCUACAGGCUUGAGCUGCUACCAGACUGAGGUGACCACGAUGGUCAAAGAUGACUCUUCUCAAUUCUACAAUGUUAUGAAUUUGUUCUUCUGGUUGUACAGAAGUAGUUUUGUCUCUUUUCUUUGAAGAAGAUGAUGUUUCUUGAUGAAAUGACAUCAUGUUUAUCUUUCAAGUUGAGAAAGAGAGCUUCUUAUCAUGCAUGUUGCAUGAACCUAAUCUGAUUGCAUCAGCAAUAAUUAUUAUACCUCACUGUGCUUCAUGUAUUGGUGAAGUGGUGAAAGGUAUGGAUACCAAUGGUAUCUUUCAGUUGUUGAAGGCCUUUAUUAUCUUUGAUUACAGUAAACUGAUCUGUUAAUAGAUCCAAAUAUUGAGUUUCUUUUUAAAAAAGAUCUGUUUAAUGUCACAAUUUUUCUGUGAUGAUUCUAUUCCUUACUUUACUUUGUUUCAUUUGGUAGUACAAUAUUACACAUUGAUAAUACUUGUUACCUCUUGAUUAAUAUUAAUAAUUACGAACAAAAGUGUUUUUGUAGUUUUUCUCAUAAUUUCAUUUUCAGGAUCAUUUUUUAGAUCAAUAUGUUGAUCCUUUUAUCUUAAAAGGUUUAAUAAUCGCCACUCUUUUUCAGUGACAUUGACAAAUUCCUUUGAUUCAAAAGAAUUUUUUGUUUAAUAACAAGAAUGUGACCUGUUGUGUGGUCAGUUUCUACUUUUUAUGAAAGUAUUUAAAUCCACGUAGAAAAGUAUUUUUAGGACAUUGAGUACUGUGUCCUCAAAUAUUAUAAACUGUUGUCUUUCAUGAAGACAUUUGUUUCAUUACGCUCUCUUGUUGAA